AUGCAUCAGAUAUCAGCAGAGAAACAUAGAUUAUCUCCUCAUGGUGGUCUAUUUGGAUUUCAUGUUAACAAUUUUUUUGUACAUACCGAACAAGACAACGCUUGGAAUAGUGACUGGUGUAGUUUUUAUCUCGAAAAACGUUUAAAAACAGUUUUACUGAGAAUGAAAUGUGACACUGAUCUUAUUAACCAUUAUGACAAAAAUAUGGAGUUGAUUCUACUUUGCGAUCGACUCAUUCCAUACGUACCAUGGUUCCUCAACACAGCUCAAGCUCAAAUUCAACUGUGUCUUCUUCAUGGUGAUUUUAAUGGCAGAAAUUGGUCUAUCGACGAAAACGAUAACUUGGCCAUGUUUGAUGGUCCAUACGAAGUUGACAUAUAUCCAAUGCCUCAUACAUUCAUUUAA